AUGGCUACUUUUCCACCGGCCCAAAGCCUGCGAGUCCUGUGUAUCGACGGCGGUGGGAUCAAAGGAUACACUUCCCUCCUAAUCCUUAAGCGCAUAUUCCGCACAAUGAUCUCCGAAGGAAAACUCGCGGAAGAGCCUCGGCCGUUCGAAGUCUUCGACCUGAUCGCGGGAACAUCUACUGGAGGCUUGAUUGCGGUGAUGCUCGGGAGGCUGCACAUGACCAUCGACGAAUGCAUUGCCGAGUAUGAGGAGGUUGGGAAGAAAAUCUUCGGAAGAAGGCCUCUUUUCGGGCAAUUGGGCAAGCUGGUCAAGGGGCUGGCUAGUUUACCAUUCUACGACAUUAGAGAUUUGCAGGAGGAGAUCAAGAAGGUGCUCGACGAGAGGAACAUUCCUCGGAACGAGGCACUCCUUGAAGAAGGAACCCCUCGGUGCAAGGUGAUGUUGUGCGUUACGCGAAAAGUGACAUCCGGGGCUGACCUUCUUCGGAACUACAAGUCACAGCACGCUACCCAAGGGAACUACGAUUGUCAAAUAUGGGAGGCAGCAAGUGCGACAUCAGCUGCGCCCAUGUAUUUCAAGCACGUGAAAUUCGAGGGCUCUGGAGAGACAUGGUGUGAUGGUGGUAUGCGGAGGAAUAACCCUAUAAAUGAAGCGUUGGCCGAAAUCAACCGUGAGAAGGACUGGGAAGGCAGAGAAAGCGGUUGCAUUGUUAGUCUGGGUACCGGCGCCCCCAAGAUCAAUCAAGUUUCGGACAAUGUAGCGGGAUUCCUCAAGGGAUCAGUGGACAUCAUGACCGACUCAGAGGACAUAGCAGAUCAGUUUGCUAGCUCAGAGAACGGAUGCAAACUGGCAAACUCGAGGCGGUAUUUCCGAUUCAGUGUCCCGCAAGGAAUGAAGGAGAUUGAGCUGGAGGAUUACAAGGAAACAGAGAAGAUGAAAGCUUUGACAGCCAAGUAUCUGGGCAGGGUCGGGAGUGGUAAUGAAGUUGAGCAAUGCGCGAAGUCUCUGUUGUAUCCAGAUGAGAACUUGCAGCACGGAGUAGACACCAAACCCUCUUUGCUGCAGUAUAAUGCAUGCACACACUUUGUGCAGCGUUCCAAGUAUGAGCGUCGUCUUCGCGACUUCUUCACACCGUAUAUGCAAACCCAGCAGAUCUUCGUCUUAUGGGGAUUCGGAGGCACAGGGAAGACGCAGAUAGCCCUAAGUUUUGCUCACGCCAUGAAAUAUCGAUUUUCCGUGUUUUGGGUACGCGGGGAUCAAUUCACCAACUUCGCUGCUGAUUUAUCCCACAUCUUAACCAAGCUUGAUCAGACAGCAGUUGAGACAGAGGACAAGGCGCAUGAGCCUGCGUACCUCCGAAGAACACUCAUGAAGCUUGAGGAGACUUGCGGUAGCUGGUUGAUGAUCUUGGAUAAUGCCGAUGAUCUUGACGAGUUCAGAGGGAAAACUAAGCAGGAUAUGUGUGUCAGCAACUUCAUACCACAGAAAGGCAGGAUCCUCAUCACCACCCGUGACCAACGCUUCCAGGGGCUUGUUGCAGGCGCGCAUGAUGGCCAACGCGUGGAUCCUAUGGACAAUGACGAGGCUAAGUGCCUUCUGUUGAAGUCCAUUCCCGAACACCUCAGUAGAGUCAAUUCUAAAAGGACAGAUCGCGCGGCACAGGAGCUACUCGAGGAGUUGGGGAACCUUCCAUUGGCCGUAGCGCAAGCAGCAGCAAACAUCGUUGACCAGCAUCUGAGUCUCACGGAAUAUGUGUCUCUUUAUCGAGACAAGAAGCGUCGCAUGGGCUUAAUGCAGUCGCCCGUUCGGGACUAUCAGAGCAAAGAUCCACGAAAUAGUUCUCAGUCAAUCCUUGUUACUUGGGAGCUCUCAUUCGAACAUUUACAGAAGCAGAACCCUUUAUCGGUGACGUUAAUUUCGUACCUUGGUUGCUUCCACUGGAGAGGAAUUCCAAGGCGACUCAUCUCCUGCCUACCAGAGUUUCAAGAUUUGGACCCAAGUGCAUUCCAGCAGGUUGUAAAGGGUCCACUGAAUUUAUCUCUAGUCGAUGAGUCGGAAAGGACAGGAAGCGGAACUUAUUAUAGCGUCCACCCUCUUGUCAAUGACAGAGCAAUCGAUCGACUCACAAAGGAAGAAGCCGUGCGAUAUUUGACGCCAUGCAUUGACUUGCUCAUCAAUGAGGAUUCACCUCUGAUCCAGGAUUGGAUUGCCCAUGCUGUUCGGCAAGUCGAACUCGGCGAAAGCUUUGCAAUUGUCACUGGAUCGUUCGCUACGUUACUCCAACUUGUUGCAAGCUUUUUCUUGAUGGCUGGUUUGGCCGAACACGGAUCUUAUUUGGCUACACGGUCUCUGAACAUGGCUACCGCUGUCUGGAACCAUGAUGAUCCCGCAAUUUUGCGUACCAGGAAAGUGAAGAUAUGCUGCCUAAAUGCGAGUGCUCGUUACCUUGAUGCCGAGAUCGAAUGUCAGCUUGCACUUGAGUCCUUGGGUUUCGGAAAUAUUCAGGCUGAAUUCACCGAGGACGACUUGGAGCUCGAACGUACUACUAUCGAAGGGUACUUGGCAAAAGCACUAGGUGGUUUGAAGAGAUAUAAAGACGUUGAAAGAGUGCAUCGAAGACAGCUUCAAAGUAAAGCAAUCAGGGGAGAUCCAACCUCAGAAGCGUAUGUAAAGCACAACCUGGCUCACGCGCUAAGAGAUCAAGGGGCGCUUGAAGAGGCUAGGAUAAUCAAUGACGAGCUUCUAGCGUGGUCUGAAAGUGCUGAAGGUAGAGAGGUUGUUCCCCGGUCUCUAUACCUUAUUAUGAUGAACUUGAAAGCACAUAUUCGAGCAGAUGCCUCUUCGCAGUCAAAUUCGGAUGAGUAUAACCAUGACGAGAUAUUGAAAAUCUACCUCUUCGUGUAUCAUGAGUCUCUCGAACUUCUUGGUCCUGCCAACAUUGACACUUGGAAAGGGGCAAAUAACGCAUUAUCUUUGCUUUUGGAAUUGCAACGGUACGAUGAAGCAGCUCCAAUAUUGAAAACACUCCUCACUGCCUGCGUAUCGGCAAAUAUCAGAGUUGAGGGAGCGUUUGCUAAGACGUUUUCCAUCACAUGGUCGCAUUCGCUUCAAUACUUGACCAUGCUCCGCAUUAACGGUAAAGAAAAUGAAAUUAUCGACUUUCUCAGCUUGCUUUCCGAUGCCGAAGAGUCCGCCGGCCUGGAUAACAUCCCGCCACAUAUUCUGGCUCAAACACUUAAUUUAAGAGGUGUUAUCCUUCAGCACCACGGUCUAUUCGAGGGGGCCGAGAAGUACCAUAGGAUCGCCUUGUCCAUCUAUGACGUUGACUGGGAUACUGGCCUGUUGGAUGUCAUAUACUACAACAUCAUGCUUGCCAUGGCACGACAAGGACAGGUCGGUCAGGCAUUUGCGUUUCGAAAGAGGCAGAACACCGAAAUCACACGUGCUGAAGGGAUACACGGUCCUCUGGAACAGCGUCUAGAGCGCGACAGGAACAAUCACGAGGUAUACAAGCAAGCUGAUUAUGGAUUGCGGACGGGAACCAUUCAGAGAGGAGACACAUGGUGGGUAUGUCACCAAGACAUACUUAACCGUACUGAGCGUCGAUAUGGCCACCUCGAUGUCAAUGAUAAAACCGAAGAGAGAUCAACAACCGUAUUACCUCAUCGGACGAUUGAGAGUGGAACGACUAAAGUCAGCUUCUGGAGACGCCUAUUCGGGAAAGAGGCCGGCCCAGGGACCCCUUUGUUACAGUGA